AUGGCUACACUACGGAGGGCCAAGACCAGCUUACUGGCUUUGAUCUUCUUGAUCGAUAUGGUCUCAUUUUCUGGUCUUGUCGGAGCUAGACCUAUUGCCAUGGACCAGUUAGAUUUCGAAGGUUACCACGGCAGACUUGGGCAGGAGGGAGCCGCUGGCCUCGCCGAGGAGCUCGACUGGCACAAAGCCUCUGGCGUGGACAGCAGCACGCACAUCCAGUCCAGACAAUACUCUGAUUUUGACGGCACCGCCACUGGCGACAUGACCACCGGAAAUGCCGCCGCAGGUAAUGGUCAGCCUCAGCCCGGAAGUACGACAACGGGAAACACUUGGGCCGGUAAUAGCUCUGGUGGAACAGCUCCUUCCGGUAUCGCGGUCACACCAUCCGGAGACGAAGAUGAAGGCACUCCUGCCUCGCCGUGGACCCCUGGCUCUAGCGCUCCAGGUACCGGGGCGAGCGGGUCUGCCACCGCAGGCAGCGAUCCCGGUAGCGGCUCUAAGGGUGGCGGUGCUCCGACCACCACUUCAGGCAGCUCUGGCACUUCCGCAUCUUGGGGUGGUAGUGGAGGCUCUAGCUCUGCUUCCGCGAGUCCGGGAACCAAGGCCAGCGGAUCUUGGGUCUCUGGUAAUGCUGGCGAGGCCAGCGGCACAGGUACCAAGCCUAACAGCAGCGGUUCCUCCCCCAGCAGCUCCGGGAGCAGCGCCAUGGCAGGCUUUGGCUUAGGUUCUGGAGAUGCAGCAUCUAAAGGGGGCGAAUCUGUUUCCAGCGCUCUCGGUGCGUCUGGAACCGCGAGCCCUGGAAUGCCAGCAUCUUGGGGUGGCAGUAGCAGUUCUAGCGACGGCACUGCGGGCAGCUGGGGCUCUGGCGCUGGCGCUGGCGCUGACGCUGGAACUGGCGCUGGAACUGGCUCUGGAACUGGCUCUGGAACUGGCUCUGGAACUGGCUCUGGAACUGGCUCUGGAACUGGCUCUGGAACUGGCUCUGGAACUGGCUCUGGAACUGGCUCUGGAACUGGCUCUGGAACUGGCUCUGGAACUGGCUCUGGAACUGGCUCUGGAACUGGCUCUGGAACUGGAACUGGCUCUGGAACUGGCGACGCAGUCUAUGGAAAGGACAGUCCUUCGACGCUUGCAAACGGUGCUAGAGCAUCUACCCCCAACGAGCCUGCAGAAUCCGGAACGGCUACAAAGGGUUCUGAAGCUGUAGACUCUACUCUCAGUCGGGCUUCAGCCAGCAUGGAAGCGCCAGACUCCGCCAGCACCAAGGUAUCUGAACAUACCAAGAGAUCGACUGAAACAGACCCGGUCAAUGGGGGCGGAAACACCAGCAAUGGAGUCAACGGUGGAGCGACCAACACCGGCGGCGGCACAAAUGUCAAUGUCAUCACGAGCCCACCCAACGGGGGUGAAAGAGACAAAGGGACCAUCAAUACGCUACUUGACAAGCUGAGUUCGAUUAUAAAGACUUUGCGCUGA